GAAUAGAAAGCAAAGAAAAGAAAAAUAACAAUAAAUUGACAACAAAUUUAUUUGUGUUUUUAUGAAUUUUAGUUGUGCGAUUAGGGAAAUCAUUAUUCGUGUGCAUUAAUUAAGCUAAGAAAUAUGAAUACAAAAACGUUUGCCAACUUAAUGAGUAUCGAAAAUAAAGCCCAUAAGGAAAAUGUGGCGAAAUAUGCAAAAAUUCAAGCAGCCAAUGAAGAAGCCGCAGCCAAAAAACGAGAAGCAACUAAGCGAGCGGCAACUUCUAUUAAAGAAGAAGAUCCAUUGUCAAUAAAUAUGACGGCUAAGUUUGGCUUGGUAAUAAAUCCGGAGAGCGUAGAAAGUGUUGCUACUAAGGAUCCAGCCAGUUCCAAUGCAGAAAUGAUUGGCCUAUUAAAAGCCAUCUUAGAUCAACAAAACAACUUGGCGGCUUGUAUAACUAAUUUGGAUACACGCAUGAGCAAUUUGGAAAAAUGUGUUGAAAAUUUGGAAACAUGUUCGAAGGAAGAUCAACAAAAUAAAGUGGAAGUAAAGGCGCAAAAUAAAAUUAUGCGCGAAUGUAAGGUCUUAAUUCAAAAGGUACAUAAAUCAAUUUGUCGCAUGUCUGGCGAGGAACCUGACGAGUCCCGUUUGGACAUUGCUGCCAUGUUACCGUUCACCACUUUAGAAUCAGCUAAGGAAAUGGAAGAAAAGCUGAAUAACAAAGAAUACCUACAAGCAAUGAGACUGUACUUAAUUGGACUAAAGAAUACCUCCGGCAAUAUUCAAAAAGUCAUACGCCACUUAUUCACAGAUGACCUUUUAUUCCUCUUCAAUUGGGACGGAAGAUGUGGAAAAUUGGCUUUAGCGCAAUUUUCUCUACUUUUUGGUGUGCUCUAUGAUGUUUUUAAUUUUAACGAACACAAAUCUUUUGAGAAAGCAAUAAGGAAAGCCGUCGAACGCAGUCAUAAUAGAGUGUCGCAAAAAAAGUAUAUAUCGAAAGUAAAUGCAUAAAACGACAAAGGCUCAAAGGAAAUUUGAAGGCCUGUGCUUGUGUAUAAAGUGGCAACGCGCAACAUUUUCGAGCAACAAAUAAAAAUUGUUAUAAACCGCCAAAAUCGUCAUCAGCAUAGUUCUCUGCAACCAUCUGCUUUUUUAUUUCCUUUUAUAUAUAAUAACUUUAAUAAUAAGAAGUGAAUAUUUUAAAUG